AGAGAGAGAAAUGGCUGGCUCGACUGACAGGGAGGGCCCUACUCUGGAUCGCUGGCAAUUUGGCUCUUUUCGUCGUGUUCUUGUCCUCACUCUUGUGUAUUUCCAUUGCUGCCACGUUUGUAAGAGAGGGGAGUAAUUGUUCAUCUUAAGGUUUGAUGAUGAUUUUUGAAGUAGUUGCGGAGGCAGAGAGAACACCGCCGCGACAUCGUGUGAAUGGACCGCUGACGGGCUCCAGGAAGCGGCCGUCGGAGGGAAACUACGAGAAGGAGAAGGACGUGUGCAUUCAGCUCUUUGAUCAGUGGUCUGAAGCGGACCAGGUGGAGUUUGUGGAACACCUGAUCUCACGCAUGUGCCAUUACCAACACGGCCACAUAAACUCCUACCUCAAACCCAUGCUCCAAAGGGACUUCAUCACGGCACUGCCAGCUCAGGGUCUGGAUCAUAUAGCAGAGAACAUCUUGUCCUUUCUGGACGCGCGCUCGCUGUGUUCGGCCGAGCUGGUGUGCAAAGAAUGGCAACGUGUGAUUUCCGAAGGGAUGUUGUGGAAGAAGCUGAUCGAGCGUAUGGUUCGGACAGACCCGCUGUGGAAGGGCCUUUCAGAGAGACACCAGUGGGAAAAAUACCUAUUCAAGAAUCGCACGACAGAAGUACCUCCGAACUCAUACUAUCACUCUCUUUAUCCGAAAAUCAUUCAGGACAUUGAGACCAUUGAGGCAAACUGGAGGUGCGGCCGACACAACCUGCAGAGGAUCCAAUGCAGGUCGGAAAACAGCAAGGGUGUUUACUGCCUGCAGUACGACGACGAGAAGAUCAUCAGCGGCCUGCGGGAUAACUCCAUCAAGAUAUGGGAUAAACAGACUCUAGAGUGCUUGAAGAUCCUGACGGGGCACACGGGAUCCGUGCUGUGUCUGCAGUACGAUGAGAGGGUCAUUGUUACCGGUUCCUCUGAUUCCACUGUCAGAGUGUGGGAUGUUAACUCGGGGGAGGUUCUGAACACUCUGAUCCAUCACAACGAGGCCGUACUACACCUGCGGUUCUGUAACGGCCUGAUGGUGACUUGCUCGAAAGAUCGAUCGAUCGCCGUGUGGGACAUGGCUUCUCCCACAGACAUCAGCCUUCGCCGCGUUCUCGUCGGCCACCGAGCCGCCGUCAACGUGGUCGACUUUGAUGACAAGUACAUUGUCUCUGCUUCAGGGGAUCGGACCAUAAAGGUGUGGAGUACGAGCACAUGUGAGUUUGUUCGGACGCUAAACGGUCACAAACGAGGAAUCGCCUGCCUGCAGUACAGGGACAGACUCGUGGUCAGCGGCUCGUCGGACAACACCAUCAGGCUUUGGGACAUUGAGUGCGGAGCGUGUUUGCGAGUUUUAGAAGGGCAUGAGGAGCUUGUUCGCUGCAUUCGCUUCGAUAAUAAACGGAUUGUGAGCGGAGCAUAUGAUGGUAAAAUUAAAGUAUGGGACCUGCAGGCUGCUCUUGAUCCACGAGCCCCAGCCAGCACUCUCUGUCUGCGUACGCUAGUGGAACAUUCUGGCCGAGUGUUCCGGCUCCAGUUUGACGAGUUCCAGAUCAUCAGCAGUUCCCAUGACGACACUAUCCUUAUCUGGGACUUCCUCAACGUGUCGACCAACGGGCAGACGGAAGGACGGUCGCCGUCCCGCACGUAUACCUAUAUAUCCAGAUAGCAGGGAAGCCCCGGUGGCGUGCUGAGUGUGUGUGAGUGUGUGUGGGGACUGUUUGGGUGACCCAGUCUCUGUGGAAGUGUGCCAGGAUCAAAGGUCGAGGAACGCCACCACCACCAUCCCUCUCCUUUACCCUCGUCUCUCCAUCUGCCCUUUUGAUUUCUCCCCUCUUCAGUCGUUCUGAGGGUUGCUCCUUAACACACAAACAGAAUCUGUUCUCUUUCUCCCUCUCUGCGGAGGAGGAGAAAAGAUAGAGAGAGCGACCGCCAUUAAGCAGAGCUCGAAGGUGGGCGCGGAGCCCCGGUCCACAUACACAGUGACGGCUGCCCCAGCUCCGCCCCCUGGACCCAUGAACUCUGUAUCUAUCUUUUGUUUUUGUUGAUUUUUAUUGAUGGAAAAAGAAGAAAAAACUAAAGCGAGAAGGCAGGGUCUGAGAAGGCCUGAGUGCUUUUCCUUCCCUGAGGACUGUUCUGCAUGAAUGAGCAAGCAAUGGGACGUAACGUGUGCUGGUCAACCUUCGGUUUCUGUCUUAUGGGUUUUUUAUGCUUUUCCUUUUUUAAUUUGGGAAAUUCUCUUUUUUUUUGCUUUACUCUUGUGAAAACGUAUGAAUAAUUGUAGUUUUUCGACUCUCCUGAUAUGUCCCUCCAUUUCCGUUUUAGCGUUGUCUUUCUCCUCUCCGUCUCGUUUCCGUCUCUGUCUGCUCGUCUAGGUUCUGAAUGACCCAUAACUGAUCUGAAUUUAGUUGUAAACAGAGUUGUCUCGUCUAAAAUGGUGUUGUAUAUUGAAAAGAUUUUUUAAAGAAAAAAACAUUAUUAAUAAGAAUAAAGUACUUGACUGUGGAGGAGUGUUGAGAACC